AAGUUCCACAACCCGGAAGACAACAAGACCACGUUGUUUCCGAAUCAAAACGUGUUGCGAACAGCAGAGUAACGUUACUGAGAGUAGCAGAGAGCAGACUGCAGAGAGAACAGCUUUGUAGCCUUAACUACUCGAACGUGUGAUAGUCUCUACCCAGCAACGGGAUGGAGGCCCAGCCAGAGGAGGCGGCUUUGGUACCGGAGGUUCUUCAGAGCUCAGCACACGGAGAGGAACUGGAACUGAACAACGGUACCAGCACCAAGCACCUGGAGGACGGAUGCACAGCUGAGACAGAACCUCAGGGACUGACCUCCGGGACCUCAGACAGCCGUUUACCGGGAGAGUUAACGGGAGGAGCAGAGGAGAUGGAGGUUACAGAGAAUCUCAGCUCUGUCUCGAGCUCCGAGCUGGAAGAUGGAACCACACACACACACCUUCCCCAGGACCCCCACCAAUACCUCUCCCAGGACCCCCCCCAGGACCCCUCUCAGGACCCCCCAGGUACUGCUGAUGUUACAGGACGGUGUGUGUGUCAGGGACCAGCGGGACAGCAGCAGCUCCUCCUCAGACAGUGAUUCAGACUCCUCUUCCUCCGGUGUGACGCUGGCUGUUGUGUUAGGUCAGGCAGAUGAAGAUGAUGAUGACGACGAAGGCUUCAGUCGGGCAAGGAAACCCUGUUCCAUCAAAACCCUGGAUGAGAUCCUGCCUGAGGAGUUGCCUGCUGUCGAGGAGUUGACGGUUGUUCUACCAGAGGAGGCGGAGAUACUGCCCCUAGGAUCAGUCACCAGUAUCAUCCAACAGCUGGUGAUCAUUCAGUCAUUGAAGGACACGCCCCCUCUGAAGGACGACAGCGUCAUCUUCAACUCUGAUAGGCUGGCCGUGGGCAAGGUAUUUGAGGUGUUCGGGCCGGUCUCCAGUCCCUUCUAUGUGUUGAGGUUUAACUCAGAGAGUGACAUCGCAGAGAGAGGAGUGAAGCUGAAGGACUCCAUGUUCUACGCCCCGUCUCUCACCGACUACACCCUCUAUAUCCUCACUGAGCAGCUACAACGGUUGAAAGGCUCCGACGCCUCCUGGAAGAACGACCAGGAACCACCACCAGAGGCGUUAGACUUCAGUGAUGACGAGGCAGAACAGAAGAUGAAAAGGAAGAAGAAGAAGGGGAAUGUUCAGAAGAGUGAGAGAGAAAGAGGACAGAGAGCUGACCAACAACCAGAUAGAGAUUCCGUCACCAGACCACAGGUGUCCCAGAGGCCUUUGCAACAGAGUCGUCCACCCCGCCGUGACAACUGGGGUCCCCCACCCCGAUACGAAGGGGCUCCGUACUACACACACCAGCCCCACUACCCCUACCCUCCCCCCUACCAGCCCCAGUACUUCCCCCUCUAUCCUCCCCCUCCUCCCCCCCACAUGUCCUUCCCCUGGUCCCCUCCCCCCUCUCACCCCUACCACAACCUCCCCUUCUCUCACCUCCCCCCUCCUCCCCCACCGCCCACUGGCCCCUAUCCUCCUGAGUGAGGACACAACUAGUGACUGUACACCUCACUGACACUCAUCAGCGUUGUUUGACCAAAUCAACACAUUAAAGUAUAUUUUUACUGUCUGCAUUUCA